AUGAGCACCACGUCUCGUCCCUUCCUCGACUUUGCCGUCGAGGGCGAGCCUCUCGGCCGCGUCGUCUUUGAGCUGUUCGACCAUGUCGUCCCAAAGACGUGCGCCAACUUCCGCGCCCUGUGCACGGGCGCCAAGGGCGUCAACGAGCUCGGGAUCCCGCUGUGGUACAAGGGCUCGAUCCUGCACCGUGUCAUCGCUGGCUUCAUGGUCCAAGGCGGCGACUUUACGCAGCGCAAUGGCAAGGGCGGCGAGAGCAUCUACGGCGGUACGUUCGAGGACGAGAGCCUCAAGCGCGAGAUUGACGAGGAGGGCCUCCUGUGCAUGGCCAACCGCGGCAAGAACACCAACGGCUCGCAGUUCUUCGUCUCGCUGCGCCCGUGCCCGCACUUGGCGGGCAAGCACGUCGUAUUCGGCAAGGUCGUCAAGGGCUACGAGACGAUCGUCGCCAUCAGCAAGAUGCCCGUCGACGACAAGGACCGGCCCGUGUCGCUCAUCACCAUCUCGCACUGCGGCGAGCUCGAGCGCAAAUCCGGUGCGUCGGGCUGUUCCUCUCUCUUGACGGGUCGCUGCCGUCGUCGCGAGCCUGUCUUGCAGUUCGACACGUCCUGA